UCACAGUCGUGUUGUGUCGGUGAAGUGAGUAACGUGUGAGCCGCUAACAUAUAAAAGUUGUUUUCAAAUUAUCCGAAAAUACGUCUUAAUUAUUAUAAACUAUAUAUUAAAAUAGAAACCUUACAGACAAUAUUAUGUUUCCGGAAAUGUGUGGUGAAUAAACUGUGCCAUAGUUACCAGCAUCGACUUAUAUCUUAAAUUCUAGGUAAUUCGGAUUUUACCGCUGUCUGCUUUGGAUGUGACAGCCAACAUGUGGUUGCUGGUGGCGUUGAGCGUGGUGGCGAGUGCUUCACCCACUCUGUCCGUGCGCUACUGUUCAACGAACACGUUCCCAAGCAACUCUUCCUCUAUGCACUUCACCAAGGAACCCAUACCUCACGAGUUUGGCUUCCAAGACAAGUUCAAAAGUAUAUACUGCUGCGUCAAGGGAUAUAGGAGCAUCGAAUGGUUCAAAGACGGCGUAGCGUACCCCUGGUCAGCUGGUGUGUCGAACCUGAUCUUGUACCCCGAGGCGGCGAACCAGACGCUGUACACCCGGCACGCGGCCCGCACGGACUCCGGCAACUACACCUGCCGACUCAGCAAUGAAACACACAGCGAGACGCACACCAUCAGACUGGAUAUACUGGAAAAACCGACGGACGCGCCACAAACAAUGUUCAUUUCAAAGGACCAGUGGGUGGAGGAAGGGAGCAAAUUGCGGCUUUUCUGCGAAGCGCUCAUCGGUCGCUCGUAUUUGGCCGACGCUCGAAGUGAUCUCCGGUGGCUAAAAGUGUGGCCCAAUGGGACUGAAGGUGAACUAUUGGCUUCGCAAAAUGAAGUAAAAACAACAAGGGAGGACGUGGAAGACAUUAUCGGCUCGUAUCUGAACAUCGACCAGCUGUCCGUGCAGGACUACGGAACGUACGUGUGCGUGGUGCAUAGCAACGAUGUGGUCUUCAGGAAUUACGUCACCGUGCACUAUAAAAACGGCGAGUGGGGCGCGGAGGCGUGGUGCGGCGGCGCGGGCCCGCGCUGGCGCGCGCUGGCGCUGGGCGGCGCGGCGGCCGCGCUGCUGCUGGCCAGCGCGCUCGUGCUGCACCGCCGCUACACGCCGCGCCUGCUGCUCGCCGCACGGCACGCGAGGGCACGUGCUGCGGCCGCUGCGCAUCGCGCUAGGGUGAUGGAAAAGGAAUUCGACGUGCUAGUAUGCUGGACGGCAGUUGACUCUGAGCUGGUGCGUGGCGCGUUAUUACCCACCCUCGCCUUCAAGUACAAGUACCGUGUGCACACCACCCUACUAUCCACGCAACCCGAUGAUUGGUACAAGGAGAUAGUGGGCGAGGCGAGCCGGUGCCGCUCGGUGGUGGCGGUGGUGUCGCCGGCGCAGUACGCGUCGCCGCACCAGCUGCUCACUGCGCUGUGCCAGCUGCGCGCGCUGCCGCACCCGCCCGUCGUCGUCCUGCUGCAGGACCUGCCGAAGCUGAAGCGCGAGGCGAAGGACGGCGGGUCGCGGUUCGUGGAGGUGCUGCGGCGGUCGCGGCUGAUCGCGUGGCGCCACGUGCACGACCGCGCCUUCUGGACCGCGCUGCGCCUCGCGCUGCCGCUGCCGCCGCCCGCCGCGCCCCAGCCCCCGCAGCCGCCCGAAAAGACCGCGAACCCAGUGGAGACGGAAGAAAGCAAAUAUUCUCGCUCUGGAAGCAUGACCGCGCUCGUGUAGACGCGUGUGUGACUUGUAUGGGACUCGAAUCUUUCGCUAAACGAAACAAUACUUAGUUAAUAUAAGUGUAUUAUAUAGUGAUAAAUAGUGUUUGACACUAACUUUGGUGAAGUGCCGCUAAUGAGCAAGAAGACUGUGGAUAGUAAGUUAGUUCUCUUAAUAUUUAUCGAAAUAAAUCACAUUACUGUUGAACGUAGGACAAUAUGAAAAUUGUAUACAGUUUUCUAAGAUCUCAGUGACGUUUAUUUUCGAUAACUUAAGACUAUCACGAAUUUCUUAUUUCUCUUUCUCGUGCCAAAGGGAAAAAUUACAUGACAAUUAUUUAAUCUUUUCGGUUGUAUCUUUUAGUAUUUAUUUUAUUUAUCUUUCGAAUUAAUGUCCGCGAGGCAAUUUUAGGCGUUUGAAUUUAUUUUCUUAAUUAUAAGUAUUGUUCUUCUCAAAAUUGAGAAUCUGUCCAUUGUAUUAAUUUAAUUGUUUUUGUGUUGUGUUGCUUGUUGUAAAUUACGGUGGCUCUUAUGUAUGAAGUGAAAACUUUAAAAGCCUCUCAUAUAUUUAGAUACAUUAAAGCUGUAGUGUGUAGUUGAGCGAAUGGUAAAAUGGUCUGUGAUAAACAAUUGUUUGUAACUGAGCUGCAGCAUUAUAUAAUAUUUUGUAAUUCAUUUAGUACCUUUCUUUGUACGCUGUUAUUUCAUAUUCUUCAUUGUAGAGAUGUAGUCGUUUCAACCUCUUAGCAUGUCUACAUUCUGUCUUACUCUCAAUUCGAAAUUAAUAUUUUUGUAUUACUUCAUACCAUUUUCUACAUAACAUGAAGGUAGUUAAUGAUGAACAUGCUUAUAGAAGAUAGUGUUAGAUUGGUGUUAAAGUGUAAUCUCAGAACCAGUAUUCAAAAUUACCAUGUGACUUAAGGUUUUGUAAGUGCAAUAUCCUAAAAUGUCGAAUAUUUACUGUCUCACAUAAAGUGGGUUGAAACUGAAAAUGAAAUGAAAUAAAUUUAUUUGUCCAUUUUAUGUUUUACAAUAAAUGUACGACAGUGGGUCCCAAGCUAAGUGAAAUACUCGUGUCUUGGAACCCUGAGUUCUCAUACCUACAUCUCACAUAUUUUAUAUGGGUUGUUAAAAAUAUUCAGUAUUCAUGUUGAUGUAUAUAGUUAUAAUUUUCACGAUAGGCGAUGAUAGCUAAGCGUGUUUUGUAUUACUUUACAUUCCGAAGUGUUUUAUAUUAUGUUAAUUAAGUUCGCUUUCUGUGGAUAGCAUGUACGUAUAAACGACUUAAUAAAUGAUUAAGAAGAA